GCUGCGAAUGAAGAACGACGAGGAGCAGCGACAGAUUCAGGAGGUUGCAAUGCGAACUGGAGAUGCGAGCGGUCAAGGGCCAAUCGUGCCAGCGCAGGGCCUUGAACAAUUAGACGCGCAGGAGAAAGCAGAGGCAGCCUUAGAAGCAGCACUCUACACUAGCAAGGCAUGGCAGUGA